AUGGAGACGAGUCCAGGAACCCCAACAGAUGCAUCCGUAGUAACUUUCUAUCAUCGAGCUAUUGUUGCGUCGAUGUUUGUCUUGUUGUCGAUGAUUGGUCUGUUCGGUAAUGGCCUGGUCAUCGUUUCCGUAAUCAUCACCAAGAAACUUCGUACGAUCACCAACAUCUUGGUGGUCAAUCUCGCUUUCGCUGAUUUUUUGUUUUGUUCGUGCCUGCCAUUCCUAAGUGUGGGUCUCCUCAGUCAAACGGGAAGGUACCCGCUUCCCGAGAUCAUCUGCGCAACGGCGGCAGGAGUGGGAUACACCGCCGUGCGAUGUAGUGCUAUGACCCUCGUCAUCAUCUCAAUCGUCCGCUGGUACGUCAUUACCAGAUCUGUACGCGGCCACCGAGGCAUCCACACUCCGAAGCGAAUCGCCACCAUAGCGGUGAUUAUUUGGAUUGAAGCAGUUGCAUUCAUGGUCGUACCUCCUCUUUUAGGCAUCGGAACUCUAGGCUAUUCCAGGUACUACGGUAUGUGCUCUUUAAAAGACACAAACCCUCUGACCUUCUACUACUCUGUUCUUCAAGGAACUUCGAUUGUCAUUGCCCUGAUGCUCAUCCUUACGUUUUACGGUCUCAUUCUGCGCCAUGUGUUGCUACACAAUAAGCAGUUCCGAAAUAAGUUCGCAACCGAUAGGGAUACCGUUUCAACCUCGACGGAGGGGCUACAGAGCAAGACUGCAUCCGCCACCUCAGGGUCUAAUAUUCCUAUGAUCAAGGCAAUCAACCAGAAGGAGAUAGACAUCACCAAAAACUUGUUCAUAGUUAUCUGUGUCUUCAUGUUCUGUUUCCUCGCCAGUAGCGUGAAUUUCAUCAUGCCUGGCGACAGUGUCUCGACCCUCUAUACCACAACGAUCCUGAUGGCCAACAGCGUAGUGAAUCCCAUUAUCUAUGGUUUGAAGCAUCCUAACUUUCAAGAGGUCUUCAAGAGAAUCCUUUGCUGUCGUCGCGAACUGCCAAAGCCUGUCUUAUCCUGA